CCCCCAGCCCCAGCCCCAGGGCAGAAAGAAAGUGCUGCUUGAGCAGGGGGAGCUUAGCUAGUUCGGGUCUGGGGCCCUGGGAGGGCGGGAUCCGGCGCCGUGGCUGGUGGGUCGAGUAGGAACUGGGUUGCUGGGGCCUUGGGAGAGCUCUGAGGGGGCAAAGGCAGAAUCAGGGACUGAGACUAGAGCCCUGGGAGGGCGGGAUCCGAAACCACGGUUGGUGGGUCCCUAAGGAAAGGGGGUUGCUGGGGUCUCCUGAGAGGGCUGAGCAGGGACAGAGACUGGUACCGGAACCCUGGGCAGGAGGGAUCUUUAUUCACAAUUGGGUCGGCCGCGCAGCCAUGCGGGGCCGGGAGCCCCCGGGACGCUUCACUGUGCCGGCGGAGGCGGAGGACUCGGUGCUGGAGCUUCGGCCCCAUGUGGAGCGCAUCUUUAGGGUGCAGCUGAGUGUCCUCGGGGAGCCGGAACCCGGGGCCCCCAGCAUUUGGUUGCAGCUGGAGGGCCCCCAGGAGAACGUGGGCAGAGCCAAGGAAUACGUGAAAGGCCUAUGCAGCCCAGAGCUAUGGGAGGAGGUCAACUACCCCGCAGCCCUGCAUUGUGUCUUCCUUGGAGCCUGCAGCCUCUUUCUGGAUUGCCUGUGCUGGGGUACCUCAGCCCACAUGGUGCCCCAAGCCCCAGGCUCCCUGCUGCUGGGAGGCCUGGCUGAAGCCUUCUUCAUGGCCCAGAACCGGGUAGAGGGGCUGGCAAAGCGGCUGGGGCGUGACCCCCUUCCACCCACCCAAUCCCAGGGGGUCCCAGAGGCUGAAGUGAAUAGGGCUUUCCGGGCUCUGCUGGUGGGCCGGGAGGAUGAGCACUCUGGAGCCCUGCUUCGCCUGCCUCUUACUGUCCAGGAGGAGCUCUUGAGGCUGGUGCAGGAAGCUGUGAAGGAUGGGGGAGAUGCAGAAUGGAUGGGCCCUCUUGCACCUCCUCUGGAUGGCUCUUCCAGGCCUCAGCCCGGGAGGAUAUCAGCCAAGCCCCUUCUGGAGCUCAGGGCACUCCAACGUGGCCAGUACUGUGGGUCACAUGGAGAACCUGGGAAGGUCAGCCGGACAGAAGAUAGACAGGGUCAUGUAAUUAGAGAGGGCAUGACAGUCCUAGAACUAGGAGGACGGAACCGGGGCAAACGAGUCUAUAGGGAGAUCCCUAAUCUGAUUCCUAAUUGCAGGGGAAAUAAACGGCCAGUCAAUUCCCCUUCCUUCCGGGAAGAGAUGCUUGGCCUGAUAAGGCAGGUCUUGGGGGAUGGAUUGAGUCCACUUACCCUCACAGGGCCUCCGAAUGGUGCUAGUGCUUCGAAGGCACAAGGUUCCCAGAAACCUUCCUCAGAGCCCCGUGUUCGCUGGGGGGAUAGUCCUUCCAAAAGGAAGGAGGACCCUCAUGGGAGGAGCUCAGAGGAAGGGCAAGAACAACCCAGGGUAAGCUUCUCCUCUGAGAAUUAUCCGAAACUGCGCUCUGCCCAGAUCAGGGAGGUAGGGUUAGCACAGAAGCAGUUCCAUAAUCUUGAGGCAAAGGCUGCCUUUAAGUCCCAAGCCCCAAUCCCAUUUGCUUCCUGGAAGAAUGUGAGCUUCCCUGGAACCUGGGGGCAGGGUAGUCCCUGUAGACCUCUGUGGCUAGGGCCUCAGCAUUGUGGCGUAGGGCAUUCAACCUUCUGGAGGGUACAGGAUGGGCACUCAUCCCCCUUGCCCUGGGGCCUAGACUGGGGGCGCAACUUACCCUCCAAUCCACUGAGGCAAGCAACUCCCUUCAAAUACAAGGUGCAAGCACAAAGUCCCAUCCCUGUGAGACUAGAUUGGAAGAGCAGACCUCUCCUCAGGGAUCCCACUUUGGUGCCCCCAUCUUGUAACACAGGGUGGUGGCAGGUGCUAAAAACAGCUCCCCAAAUGUGCCAGAGACCAGUGACCCUGACACCUGGAGGCUACGAUGUCUGUUCAGGGAACCUGCAGAGAGGAACUCUUGUUGGGGAUUGGGAGCCAGGGCUACUUCCCACUUGGCUUCAUGAACCAAGGCUGGUCACUACUUUUGGGGAGCAAGGACCAAUACAAGAGCUGGUGACCCCUUUCCCAGAAAUGUCCCUUGCCAGGGCAGAGAUCUUGACAGAUAUCCUUCGGGAUGUGUCCUGCGGCCAGCCCUUUGGCCCUGUCCCUGUCUCGCUGCUGAAGUACUUUGGGGAGCCCGAGAGGCAGAGACAGGCAAACUGCCAGCCAAUACCCUGCUUUGCCAGCGGCCCAGUUUUCAGGGAGAAACGGAAGAAGAGCAAAUGCCCCAAGACUGUGAGCAGUGACCAGCAUAUGCCGUUUGUUCAUCCACAAGUGAAUAACUUGGUGACCAGCUUCCAGCGUUUUCAUGAGGCCCUGAGUGUGCCUUUCACCUUGAGACUUGAAAAUGUCCCUGGGAAGCCAGGGCUUCGUCAUAUCAUUAUUGAUGGCAGCAACGUGGCGAUGGUCCAUGGCCUCCAGCACUUCUUCUCCUGCAGGGGUAUUGCUCUGGCUGUACAAUAUUUCUGGGACAGAGGGCAUCGAGAGAUCACCGUUUUUGUCCCCAAUUGGAGGCUGAGGAAGAACAGUAGGGUGAGAGAGGGUCACUACUUGACGAAGCUACAUUCUCUCAGCCUGCUCUCCAUCACCCCUUCCCGAUUCGUGGAUGGCAAGAGGGUCACCUCCUAUGAUGACAGGUUUAUGGUGAAGCUAUCAGAGGAAACAGAUGGGGUCAUUGUCACCAACGAUCAGUUCCGGGAUUUGGUGGACGAAUCAAAGAAAUGGAUAGGGAUCAUUAGAGAACGUCUGCUGCCUUUCACUUUUGUGGGGAAUAUCUUCAUGGUUCCGGAUGACCCAUUGGGGCGGGAUGGCCCCACCCUGGACACAUUCCUGAGGAGAACAGAUGGGUUGGAGUUGGCUGUUAGCAACUUUCUGAAGGUCUGGGAGACAAAGCCUCUGGCCAAAGCCUCCUUUCUCCCCAUAAAGGCUAAGGGGCUUCAAGGUAAGAAGCAUCUAAAGAGGGGCUGCUCUGGACCUCAGCAGAAGGGGAAGGUGAAGACGCUGACAGAGGGUGUAGAGAAACUGAUGGCCAAGGAGGAAGACUCUCUAGACACUUGCCUGUCCACAGUUUUCCGAGAAGAAUGCCCCUUCCUUUCAGAUGAUAUCCUCCGGUAUUUUAGCCUCCAGGACAACACCUCAGAGACCUCUCUCUCUCCCUGGAGAGGCUCUUCUCAACUUGAUAUCCCUUGGGGUGGGGCUGGACAACCCACGUGCCAAAGGGUCCUUGACCACUUGGCCCAACUGACUGUACCAACCAGCUUCUCUUCUCUCUCCUUCUUUGUGGGGUUCAUGGGUUGCCACAAAGAUGUGAUCCCCCGCUAUUCCUCACUCAUUGCUCCGCUCCACGGCCUCCUCAAGAAGAAGACGCAGUGGCAGUGGACGCCCGAGCAUUCUCAGGCAUUCCUGGCCCUGAAGCAGGCUCUGGUGUCAGCCCUCUCCUUGGUCCCUCCUGACCCCCAGUUGCCCUACCGUCUGGAGGUGGCAGUAAGUGAGAAGACCUUGGCUGCUGUCCUGACACAGGAACGGGCAGGGCUGAGGCGUCCCAUUGCUUACACUUCAAAACCCCUCCUCCCCCAGGAGGGCAAGGCUGCCCUGAGCAGAGGCGGUGGCCUCUGUGCCCUGGCCUGGGCUGUGAGGCGUUUUGCCCCCUCUCUUGGGUCUGUCCCUGUUGUUCUGGAAGCCUCCUAUACCUCUGGGGACUCCCCAGACCCCGAACGGAGGGAGAGUCUAGAGAGUUCUGAUGCAUGGCUGGCCCGAUGGUCCCUCCUAGUACAGGAUAAGGACAGGAGGACCUUGGGCACAUCUUUUCUCCCAGGGCCUUUGGGUAACAGUGGCGUCUCAAUGCCCACACCUGAUUCAUUGCCUCAGUUUUUCCAAAUACUGCCUCCUUUUUCUGACUUGUCCUCCUUUGUAUGUAUUUAUACUUCAGGGUAUUGUUUUUACCAGGAUACUGAGUGGUGUGCAGGCUUUGGGUUGUAUGUCCUGUCUCCUGACAGUCCCCCCCUCUCCCUGUCUUUCUCUUGUUCCCCUCAUACACCAACCUAUGCCCACCUGGCUGCUGUGGCUUGUGGCCUGGAGCGAUUUGUUCAUUCCUGCAUUCCUCUGGUAUUUCUGGUUAAUUGUAGCUGGCUCUUUAACAUCCUUAUAGAUCUUCUUCCUCUCUGGCACUCCCGUGGUUUUCUGUCCUCAGAUGGGGCCCCAUUGCCUCAUCCAGCCCUGCUGUCCUACAUCACUUCCCUGGCCUCUAGCCUCCCCACCUUGCCCUUCCUCUUCAAAGCCUCCUACAAGGGGGCCCUGUUUAGUGUGACAGUGGAGGCCUUAGCCAAGCAGGGCGCCCAAGGGUCGGGACCACUGUGGAAGUUGCCAAGGCAUAUCAUGCCUUCUGUUGGAGUGGCAGCCAAUCCCUUGGGCAAUGGGCCAAAUCUUCAGGUGUUGCAGGAGAACGAUGCUGUUUUGUUAGAAGCCAUUUGCCAGCUGCAGGCUGGGCAUAAGCUUCCCGGACAUUCACCCCUCAAACCUUUUGAACCUGGAAUCAGUUUUGUUAAGGAGUGCAACCUGCUCAUGUACGGAGAGAUGAAGAGACCCAAGGUCUGGAUUGUCCCGGAGCAAAUCCGGAAGGAUCUGAUUUACUCUGUGCAUGAUGUCCCUCCUGGUCCCCACGCUGACCCAGAAGAGACUCUCAGGAGGGUGAGGAUGUUAGGCUGGUGGCCUAAGAUGCAUGGGCAGGUGAGGGCCUACUGCAAAUGUUGCUUGUUCUGUACCUCAAUAAACAACCUAAGCAAGGAAUCCAAGUGCAUGCGGACCCAGUGGAACUCUACAUCUGCAGUGCCCUGGUCUAAUCUUCAGAUUGAUGUGUUUGGGCCUGUGCCUGCCAGUGAGGAGGGCCACAGGCACGUGCUGAUUGUGGCUGACUCCUAUUCCUCCUGGACGGAAGCUUUCCCACUGAAGUCCUUCACGCAGAUGGCAGUGGCCCAGGUGCUGCUGCAGCAGGUGUUUUCCCGAUGGGGGUUGCCGGCGAGGCUGGAGGCAGCCCAGGGAUCUCAGUUUGCCAGGCAUGUCCUGAUGAGCUGUGGCUUAGUGCUGGGGGCCAAGCUGGGCAGUAUCUCUGGGGAUAUCCAGCCUGCUGAACUGAGGGAUAGAAACUCAAACCAGGCCUUCAAGAAUUUGUUGGAGGAGUUUAUCAUCCUUCAUGGGAAGAACUGGGCCAGUUGCCUGCCCCUUCUGCAUAUGGCCUUUCGAGCCCUGGAGUCAGGACCCACACCUUUUGCAGUUGUGACAGGGAGUGAGAUGAGACUGACUGAAUCUUUAUGGUGGGAGCUCAGUGGGGCCCAUGUUGAAGGGCUGAAGAUGGAUGUGUUUUUACAGCAGCUGAAAAGCAAUGUACUAGAAAGUCAGCUGCAGGCAGCUCUGGCCUCUGGGGACCAGUCCGUCCUAGCUCAGAGCACCUACUUUCAGCAGGAAGUUCAGGGGAAGGAGUGGAAUGUGGGAGACCAAGUCCUGCUCUUGAAUUUCCCCAAACCUGGCUCAGCUCGGUGGGUUGGACCCUAUUAUAUUGUAGACAGGCUGAGUCUGUCUCUGUAUAGGGUCUGGGGUUACCCGACUCCAGGGAAGCUGGGAGUCACAUACCCCACUAACUUGAUGAAGUCAUAUCCCCAAGGUGGUGCCCCCUUGCCCUCAGUAAUAUUAGAACAGUUGGAGUAAGCCACUGCCCCCCCCCCCCAUUUUUGGAGUCUGGGUAAGGAUGCCUUAUCUUUCCCCCUAUUCAUCACUGCUCACACACAGCCUCUCCUGGGCUUCAGCUAAGAACUAAUGUCCUGAGGAAAACUUCCAGACUUGAGAAUAUUCAGAGACUGCAAAGGAUUUUCUCCAUCAGUUCUCCUGGCAUCUUUGCCCAGGGUAGUAGUUUAUAUAGUAUGUUACUAGGUUCAGCUCAGCCAACCUGCUGUUUCUUUUCAGGAAUCAUCCCAGAAUCUCAGCCCUGACUGGCCUUAACCUGUCCCCAGGACCUCUGAAUGAGAACCUGACUAAACCAACCUUCUCCCAGGGAGAGGAAUAGUCUUGGCAGGGGUUCCUUCCUUUAGCUAUUUCAUCAUGAGAUUAUCUAGCGUUGGCUUUGCCAGGGUGUCUGAAAACCUAGUGGGCUGAGUGAGAGCAGUGAACCUGGACGGGGGUAGGCUUCUUUGGUAAGACACAUGGUCACUUCUUUCAGGCCACACACAGGCCCAAUCAGUGACCUGUGCGAGACUGUCCCCUGUCCCAUUCAGCAUGUUAAUGUUGAGGUCUUUGAUGGUGCUGGAUCCAAAGGGAUCUUAUUUAGAAAUCAUUGGAGCUGGGUCUAGAUUCUUAUCCAGUCACUGGUGGCUUUUGGGUCAGAAUGUACCAAAAAAAAAGUAUUCUGACUCAUCAAGAGCCGUUAAUGGAAGUCUCUGGGACAAGAGCCCUGAGGCGUAGUAGGAGUUCUGGUAAGGGACUCUUCCCACCUCAUUUUACUCUAACUCCCCAAACCCCAUCCUAUGACAGUUUCUUCACUCUGGGAAUCUUGAUGCUAAGGGUGAGAUCACUGAGCCAGAAGAGCUUGUCUUGUCUUGUCCAAGGAGCUCAAUUCUUUGUUCCAAAGGGGUGGUAAAGUUGAGUCCUGUGUUGCUAUGGCAACAAGAAUACUGGAACUCCACACCUUCCCUGCACCAGCCCCUCUCCCCACCCUCCAAACACACACACUGUGUUUGUGAAAUAGCUUUGCAUUGUACCUCUUGGGAUGGGACCUUAUGCAUGUGCCUUCUAUAUAAUAGGGAAAUUGGUCUCAUCCGUUGAACCCUCACUUUUUCCCACCUGAGUAACCCUGUGUGAAAACAGCUUUGCCCUAAAUUAGAUCCUGGUUGGCAUCUUACAUGUGUCUUCCAUGUAAUGGGAAACUUGGGCUCACUCUUAGGGCCCCCCUCCCUCCUUACCACAUUACCCUCCUGAGUGAAGUAAACUUUGACCCACAUUGUGCCCUGAAUGGGACUUUAUGUGCCUUUUGGGAAAUGGGAUUCAUUCCUAUCACACUCAGCCCACCGAUCUACAAGCCAGUCAUUUCCUUAGUUCUCUUUAUAGUAACAUAGCAUUUCCCUUUAAAGUAAUUAUAGUAUAGUACAGUAAUUUCUCUUUAUAGUAAGUGGGAGUGAGUCUUAAUUUGAUUUGUAAAUAAACAGCUCAAACUGGAA